AAUGUGGAGCCCCUGGGCCAAAUGUGUAGCAUAUGUUUAGAAUAGAUUGGUUUGCGUAUAUGAGUGCUGUGGUGCUGGUGCAUUAAUUACUAACAAUCGGUUGCAGGACCCCGAAACUACACAGUCGUCGAGUUUUGUGUCCCGAAUACGAAAGACUUCAACGGUCCCUCCCCUCCUCCAGCGACCCCCGCCGCCUUAACCCUUACCCACCCCCAUAACCCCGCCUAUUUAGCAUUACAAAACUGCUGUUAUGUAUUCACUUCUUUAUUUUCGCUUUUUGUGUGUGAUUUUCGCUGUCGUUCGUGCUUUUUGCCCCGUUCUCUUUCAGUUUCGAUUCCCAGCUCCGGAUUCUAGCUUUAAUUCGCUUUUUCAACAGUUUGGUCGAGGGCCGUUGUGCUGCGAAAGUGAGUUAGUUUUCAGCUUCUGCGGGUGCGGCUCUAAUGAACCAUUAACCCUCCGCAGGGGCAGGGGGUUGCUCGGCACUGGAAUCGGAAUCGGAGGGUUCCCAAUCUGCUUGCCAGAUGUUCGUCGCAGUCCAGGGUCAUCGUCAUCGCUCUUAUCCAGUUGCAUUUCCAGUGUGCUCGCUUUUCAUUGGAAACUCCGCCGCCUCGGAGAACAGACGCCGCGGGAUCGAAAACGCUCAGCCCAUCUGAACUAAUCCAAACCAAAGGUGAAUGGGAACUAUCCUAGAAGUAGCAAUCGAACCAAAAAAUACGAAUACCCUAAAUACAUACGUAGAACAUUAACCCUAGAAGUAAAGCCAAACGCAGCAGGUGCAGGUGUUUCCCAGGAAGCGGUCCCAGAUAUUUAGUUACGAAUCCAAAUAAUAAAAACCAAACAAAUGGUACGCAGCCGUCGCAGUGUGUCCAAGGAGGAUGCCGUCUCUCUGCUCACGGACAGCGGCAUAUCGCUGUCCUCGCCGCCGGCGGCGAGGGAAUCCUCACCAGGCCCCACGCUUGCGAUCAAGAGGAGGAAGAGCAGCUUGGCAAGUCUGCGCGAUGCCUGUGUGGACGACGAGGAGGACGACGGCGGAGAACAGGACUCAAAAGAUUAUGACUACGUGCAGCCGCAGCUUAAGAAGUCUGCCCGAAAGGACGAACCGGUGAAACGCAAGCACCAUGUCUGCAGUCAAUGCUCCAAGGAGUUCGGUGGCAAGACGGAUCUGCAACGCCACAUGCUUAUCCACUCGGACGAACGACCUCACAAGUGCAAGGAUUGUGGCAAGAGCUACCGCCAGGCGGUCAACCUGAAGAAUCAUAUCACCACCGCCCACGAGCAUCGGAAGCAGUUCGUCUGUUCCCAGUGCCCAAAAUCAUUCGCCCUCAAGGAGCGCCUGCGGCUCCACAUGCGCCUCCACUCUGGCGAGAAGCCCUAUCCUUGCGCCCUCUGCGACAAAAAAUUCGCCCGAGGAGGUCAACUGCAACAGCACAUGGUUUCUCACCACAAGACUAGUAUCCAGCAGUUCAACUGCACCAAGUGCUCGGCUAGCUUCUCAACCAACGCCAAUUUACGGGUGCACAUGGAGCGACACGAGCAGGGCAUGGAGCACCGGUGCAGCAUCUGUGAGAGCCAAUUCGCCAACGAGCUGGCCCUGCGAGCCCACAUAAACCAGGAGCACCACAAGCUGACGCAAUUUGAGUGCGAGAUAUGCCAUAAGAUGAUCGAGCCGGACGAAGAUUUGGCCACUCACAUGCAGAGGCACGCCGCUGUUAAGACACACGUGUGCGAGGUGUGCAACACAUAUUUCACCCAGAAGAGCCAGUACAAUGUCCACAUGCGGAUGCACACGGGAGAGCGCCCCUAUCAGUGUAGGAUCUGCCACCAGACCUUUGCCCAUUCAAGCGUACUAAAACUGCACAUCCGGAAGCACACGGGGGAAAAACCCUUUCGCUGCCAGCUGUGCGAAGACGAAGUAGCCUUUUCUCAGCUGGCGCACCUAAAGAACCACAUGAAGAAGAUACACAAACAGCAAAAGCCCUACAUGUGCGAAGGCUGCCACGAGUUCUUUAAGAUCAAGGUGGAGCUGCAGUCGCAUGUUGAGCAGUGCGCCAAGUGUCCAGUUGACGGGGACAAGCCCAGUGGCAAUCAGUCUGAAGAUGCGCAAAUUCUUUCUGUCUUAAGAUUUAACAUGGCAGUAGUACUGAAAAAAAUUAGCUCCGCUCAAAAGCUGCGUCAGUUGGGCUACGAGAAGCGUCUAAUCGAUAACGUUAUCAUUGCAUCCUUGAAGCUGGCUCAGCGACAAUCCCAUGACGACGUCACGAUGACACCAUUGGCCAGACUCCGGCUAAAUGUGGAGGAAUUUCUUAAGUGGAUUGUGCCAGCCCCCACAAUGCAGAAAUUUAGCGACGAAUUGUUGUCUAUCGACACCAUUCUCGAGAAAAUUGCCACCAUGUAUAUGAAACAGAAGUAGAAUCCAGGAGUUGCUAGCCAACGCCAAAUGCGAGUGUGCCAUAGAAGAAGGAUUUGAAGAACUAGUUCUUGCCAUUUAGUUUAAUGUUUAGUAACCCAAAGUUGCAGAACGAAACCCAACCAAAUAAUUUAUCCCAAAGAUGUAUACUUUAUAGUACAGAUCAUUUUACUGAAUUACUACCCUUAUCCCAAUUUUGCUGCUACCAAAAAGUAUAAUUUGAAGAAUGUAUGAGUUAGUGUUGUCAUAGUAAUUUUCCUAUUAAAGGAAAUUAGUUUAAGAAUGAAUUUCGAUGCAAUAAUUUAUAUAAUAAUAAGUCUAACAUGAUUUUUGUAUACUUAGUCUUGCCAGAGCAACAGAUUGUCUCGGAGUGAAUCUAUAACAGCUCAAGUGCAAUACAACUCAUUGUGGCCAUGCUUGUAAAAUUAAUAAACUUAAUGCAUUUAGUUGCCAUUUGUCUUUUC